AUGAUCCACAAAGAUCUUCCUCCUUCGGUCGAAUCCAUCCGCAGAAUCAUGAAGGAACUGAUGCCUGAAACUGCUACAUCACCGAAUAAACUAGCCGAAAACCAAGCAGCGAUAUUUCACGAAAACAAAAAUGGAAACAAAGCAUAUCGGGGAGACUUACUCGCGAAACAAAUCUCUCUUCUCACGAUACAACUCCGCGUCACGGAAAAGCUGCAAAUCGGUACUGAUUGGCGAUGGCAUUUAGUGCAUUUUUCGAAAGAUACCAAACUUGAGAACGUUCGGAAGGAAGGUUACUUGAUCGUAUUAUCCAAUACCAUCACCAUAACGCCUGGAGGAGUACUCAAAGAGGGAUCAUACAUCUAUAUCAUCAAUGAGCCUGUCAUAAGUGCAGGGGCAACUGCCAUAUUUAUUGUUCCUCCGCCUCUUGACUAG